ACUCAUACAAACGUUGUUGUACAAUUCAAAGCCAACUGCACAAAGCAGAAAUUCUCUAAUUUUUCACCAUUUUUCUUUUUGGACAAUUGGAAGGAAUUAUUGACGUUUGUGGUCGUGGUGUCCCCCGAAUCCGAAGUCGAGUUGAAUUAAGUGCUUGUAAUCUCUAAUUUCCUAGUUUAUGGAAGUAAAUAGUUUUAUAAAUAAUUUGGCAAAAUAAUAAAAACUGCAAUUCCAACGAUUUGAUAGAAAAACAACAAACAUUUCCCUGAAAAAAUCCAUUCAAUUGUGAUUUAAUUCCCGCUUUAAUAUUUUGUUGAAGAAGCAACCCCCAGUCCCAGCGCCAGCAGUCAUGUCGACAGUGCCUUUGCCGGUAUUCAAAUCUAAAGCUAGGAGAUGUGUUCUAAAGUGCCCAGAAAUUACACACACUUAUGGGUUUCCAAAGGAUGAGAUUGGGCGAAGUGUUUGGCUAAAGCAACUAGGAUUAAAAGAUGUUAUGAAAACAGCAGCCGUAUGUGACAAGCAUUUCUCAGCUCAAAUGAAAACGCCUGGUAUUAGUAAUAAAAAAUUAACGGCCUGGGCUAUUCCCGAUAUCAAUUUACCCACACAAAUAUUGGAAGAAGAAGUCGAGGAGGAAGAAGAAGACGAAGAUGUUUGCUCUGAUGAAUAUUUAUUAGCAGAUGAUGAAGGUAGACGAAUCAACGAAAGUAUACUAAAUGGAUUCGCAAAAGAGAGUGAAAUUGUUGAUGAAAAAAAUGACGAUAAAACUACUAAAAAUGACACAAAUCAUCGGAACGAAUCUAUAAUAAACAGUGAUCCACUUGAUUUCGAAGAUAUGAUUGACUCACAAAACAAUAAUAGUAAGAGUGAUAAGGGUGUUUCUGUGGAAGAUGGAGAGUUUGAAGAAAUCUUUGGGGAACAAGCUUUAGACGAGUUAAUUCAUUCGUCCACAUCUAGUCCCAUAAUGGAAAAUGGAAUAGAUGUUUCUGAUGAAGAUACUAUUUCAGUUUCACAAGAUCCCGUGGAAAUAAAUAGCACUUUCAAGAGGAAACUUAUUGCAUGCGUAAGAAGGCGGCGUAUAUUGUACGACCCUGCUCAUUUGCAUUUUGGUAAUAUUGAAAAAAAGAAUCGAGCUUGGGAGAGAAUAGGAAAAAAUCUUAGAUUAAAAGGUCCUGCUUGUCGUGAGUUGUGGCUUAAUUUACGAUAUAAUUACCAAAAUCAUGCACGAAGUCUUCGAAAUUGGCUGGCAGGUGAAAGUAAUGAACGGGAAAGGCCAAGAAUUCAAUUUGAAAACGAUCUUAUAUUUCUUUGGCGGUUCAUAGCGGAUAAAAGUACUUGUGAUGACUUUGAUGAAGUACCUCUUGCAUCUUCCGAACCAAUGGUUCAUAACAAUUCAGAUGCCAAUGAGCCAAUAGAAAUAGACGACGAAGAAUCUCAACAUUUUGUUGGCAAUCUAAUCGCGGCAGUUGAGUCGUAUCCGGAAAUAUACGAUACAAAACAUGGCAAUUAUGGUGAUGCUAAGAGAAGGAGUAUCAUUUGGGAAGCCAUUUCCAAUGAAAUCAAAGAAAAAUCAACAAAAUGUAUGUUCUCUUGGAUACAGCUUUGUUUGCGCUACGAAUUUGAAUUGAUGCAAAGCAAAACCUCGUAUCUGACGGUCAAAAUGAAGUUUCUAGAAAAACACAUCAUAAUGAAUGAUAAAUCUCCCUUAAAACGCUCGAUAUGGCUAAAAGAUGAAUGGUGUGAUCCACUUUAUUCAUGCAGCGAGCAACAUUUGCUAAUUGCAGCGAUGAUAACAAGCAAAAGAGUUCGACCCUACUUUGCCAACAUAGACUGUCCCUUUGCAACGAAUGACUUACUUAAGGUUCCAUAUUGGCAUUUAAUAGCUAAAGCAAGAGGUAUAAAACCUUUGCAGUGUGAGAUAACGUGGAUUAUUGUGCAGAUGCUGUAUUGUGAACUCUCUGAGUUUCGUCGCAAUAAUUGUCGUUUGCGUGACGAAUGGGAAUUAGAAUCAAUCAUCACCAAUCUACGGGACACCAUUGUAAAGAACAGACCAAAGGGUCCUGAGCCAAAGAAGUCACUGCCAUUGCCGGAUAAAAGUAAACCCGUUGCCUCUUCGAAUACUUUCGAUGACAUCGAAAUGAUAGAAGAUGAUGAAUCACAGUUUGCGAUUAUGCCUUCGUCACCAUCAUCACCCCCGCCACCAGCAGCGCCAGUAGCAGCAUCUGUACCAACACCACCUGCAGAACCUGCAGCGGCGCCACCACCUAAAAAGAAUAAUGAAGUCAUAUUUAAAAUUCCGGGUAAAAAUCCAGGCGACGAGGAGAGAGUUGUCCACUAUGAACUUGAUAUUCCUUUGGCGGAUUUACGCGAAAGUUUGGUCGUAGAUAUUAAUUCAGUGCUGGAGAAUGCACACCUUGUUAUAAUAACUCGAUCUAAAAUGGAAUCGAAGAUAAGUUUGUUUACAUUGGAAAAGCGACAUGAGCUUAUUGGGGAGGUUAUGGCCAGGCCGAUCAUUUUCAAUGAACCCUGCAAGACCUCGAGGAUUUCUCGGUUGUUUAUGGGUGAAAUCGCCAAGGAUAUUGGAUAUCCACUUGAAGCGUGUUUAACAUUCUGGGAGUUUAUUACCGAAAAGUCACUAUUUGUUGAUUAUGAUCCUGCUUGGAAGAAAACUAAAGAUUCCAAAUGGAUUCCAGCUCCAUAUCCAAUAUUUGAUAAAUUUCAAAAAUAUGUUGAGUCGAAAAAUUGGCCGGAGUAUAUUUCUGUUUUGGCAGAUUUUAUGCAAGAAAUUGGAAAUUUUCCACUCAUCUAUUCUGAUUUGAAAAUCAAUUCAAGUUGGAAUCGAAGACAGUGUUAUGUUCGAGAUAUUGCUGAGGUUUGGGCUAUUUUGGCAAGAAAGUUUGUCGUCUUAGAAAACCACAAAUUAAUAUGGGAUAAAUUUAAACAAAUAUUCCUGCUUUAUAUGUCCGAAAUAGAAUUGAGCAUGUACAAUCCCUGGCCACCAUUUUGGGCGCCGGUGUUUGAAAAAAUGAAAUUUCUCUUCGAUUACAAAUAUAAUCCAAAGGAUCCCAUCUACUAUGUUCUACGGUAUAAGAUCAACGAAGAAAUAAGCCGGGUUCACCAAAAUUCGGGUUCGAAAUUGGGACAACUUGAUGCAGUGACAAAUGCAAAGAUCAUCUUCCGCUUGCUGAAGGAAAACGAAUACUUGGAGGACUUCACGUGGGUCAAUCGAGCUCGAUUCAUAUCAAAAAUGAAGUCCUUUCCGAUGCUCUAUGACAUCAGUCAUCCGUUGUUCGGAAAUAAAGAAGCUAAGCUGGAUGCAUGGCAGGAGAUGGCAUUAUUGUUCCAUUGCACCGUGGGAGAGUGUCAUUUGAUAUUCCAACAUCUCAUGAAGAGUUUCCUCAUCUUCCGGGCCAGAGAUCCCAAUCAAGUGGCUCGAGUUAAUGCUAAGUACUGGGAGAACAUGACCUAUAUAUAUUCUUGUGCUGUUCCGAAUGCAAUUGAUCCCAAAUCCAUACGAGGUCGUUCGUUUAGGUCGUCCUCGAAUGGAAGCACAAUUAAAUUAGCCGAAGAAUACCAAGCCGAGAUCUCAUUGGUCGAUGCGAAGCCAAGGUUAAUAUUGAAAAAUUUCGCUUCUGCAAUCAAUUCGCUGCCCGUACAAUUGCAAACAUCUGUGACGCAGCAUUUAAAAUAUAUUUUCUCGGAGUACACGCGUAUUCAGAACGAAGAGAUUAUUGUUGAUGUGUAAUAAGUGGAGAGAUGCUUUAACUUGUAGUUAUGUAAAAUUAAAAUUAGAUUUAGUAAUGUUACUUAUUAUUAAAAAUAAGUUUUACGUUUUUCGCAUUUUAAUGAAAAUUAAAAAAAGACAAUUUAAAAUGUUUUGUUGAUUUAACCUUCAAGAUUACAAAGUUUUUAUUGGGGAUGACCUUUUUGUUUACAGUUAGUUGGGCUUUUAAAAGUCGAGUGUUCUACUUGUACUCGAAGUAAGGGUUUUUAUUUAAAGUUAUGAAUCCGUCAUUGAGAUAGCUUUUUUUUUUAUUAUGUCUAAGUUUAAACGUCUUCUUUUUUUUAAGCAAAAUGCUGGUUUUGAGAUUCUUAUAAAUUAUUUUACGUGCAGAUAAACAUAUGAAGAUGU